UGCAUAUAGCCGGCAGUCCGAUUUUGGAGAAGUUGUCAAAAUGCAGAGAUCAGGUCUCGUUUUACGGGGCUGUUUCAGGGCCCAGGCUCUGUACAGGGCGCCCAAAAUCAACCCAGGGAGAGCUGCGAUUGCCAGGACUCUUCAGACUUGCAGAACAGUAUCAAGAUGGACUGGACGGUCCUCAUCUUUCCAAGGGCAGACGUGGCAAAUGAGAUCAGCAAUCAGGCUGUACUCAUCGGGAGAUUUGCCGCCUCAUUAUAAAGUAACUCUUCCAGCGUUGUCGCCCACCAUGGAAAUGGGCACAGUCGUCAGAUGGGAAAAGCAGCCUGGUGAUUCCCUGAGUGAAGGAGAUCUACUCUGUGAGAUUGAGACAGACAAAGCUACCAUGGGGUUUGAGACGCCCGAAGAAGGCUACCUAGCCAAGAUCUUCGUGGAGGAAGGAGCCAAGGACAUCCCUGUCGGAAGGUUGUUGUGCAUCAUCGCGGAGAACGAAUCCGACGUAGCGGCCUUCAAAGAUUUUGAAGACAGCGGCGAGAUCGUCUCCCCAGCUGCUGAAGAAGCCAAGCUUCCCCCACCCCCACCUCCCUCAAAACCAGCCACGCCCCCUCCCACUGCUCCUUCGCCAACCCCGCCCCCUCCAUCAGCUGCCAAGCCUGAGGCGCCCGUACUGCCACCCUUGCCGCCAACUCCGAGACCCACCCCUGGCCAGAGGGUGUUCGCCAGCCCCCUGGCUCGGAAGUUGGCCGCUGAGAGGGGAAUAAAUCUAAUGGAUGUAGCUGGUAGUGGUCCAGGGGGACGCGUCCGGAGGACAGACAUUGAGUCCUACACACCCUCGGCCGUCGCCGCGCCAGCCCUUGCCGCCAUGCCAGGGGCUGGCUUCACGGACGUACCCGUAGGUGAACUGAGACAGUUUAUAGCUAACAGGGUCACCCAGUCCAAACAGACGAUACCUCACUAUUUCCUGACUGUCGAGAUCAACGUUGAGGAACUCUUGAGGUUGAAAGAAGAUCUGAGCCAAACUGUAGCAGCUGAAGGAAUGGAGCUGACAGUCAACGACUUUGUGGUCAAGGCUACGGCUCUGGCUAGCCUGAAGGUCCCUGAGGCCAACUCAGCCUGGAUGGAGGACAGAAUCAGACAAUACCACCAUGUUGACGUCAACCUCGCUGUCCAAACAGACAAUGGAAUGAUGACACCAGUCAUCUUCAAUGCCGACGGAAAGGGUAUCGGUGCCAUUAGCCAAGAAGCGACAGAGCUUGCAGAAAGAGCCGUGGAAGGGACGCUGCAACCCCAGGAAUACCAAGCUGGUACCAUCACGGUAUCUGAUCUAAGUAGUUUGGGCAUCAAGCAAUUCGCAACCAUCAUCAACCCAACUCAGUCUUGUGCAGUAGCAGUCGGCGCCCUGCAGAAUGUCAUGGUGCCUGAUGCGGACGCAGAAGAGGGAUACAGAGCGACAACCACCAUGAACGUCACGCUCAGCUGCGAUCACAGGGUAGUAGACGGAGCAGUCGGCGCCCAGUGGCUGCAGAAAUUCAAGACGCUACUAGAAAAACCACACACGAUGCUUCUCUGAGCCGUGGUAUAAACAUUUGGUA